UCGAAUCCCUCGAUGUUUUCUAGGGCAGGCGCAUCUCAGCUCGGUAAAAUUUUCUGUCUUUUAAUUUAUAAACCAGCCCUUUUUCUGUCUUCCUGUCAUGAAAAAUUUACAGUCAAAACAAGGCAAACGGAUAAAGGGAAAAUGUAAAUCCACAUGUUUCUAAAUUAUAUGAGGCGGCGCCGGUUGACCUAUUUGUAGUUCCGCUCUCCUCUCUUGACUCCCAUGGUGAAGAACAGUUCAACGAUUCUCUGCAACUUCGUGCUAUUCAAUGCCUUUAUUGCAUCGAUGUGGUGUUCUGGUGUGCCUUAAAAAUAUUAAUAUUGCACAGAGAAUCGCUUCCCAGGAUACAAAUUGGGUGAAUUAAGUAAAACUCUGUACAGGACAGCAUGAAAACGGCUAAUCAUAGCGUCGUGAGGACCGUGAGUGCAAUCCUGCUUUGCAUAGCAGUGGUGGGAGUUAUCUACUUGGCUAUUGAUAAAAACCUCCAGGCUUCCUUCACUCCGAUUUUUGUCAGCUCUUUCUCCAGAAUGCAGACGCUGUUCCGUUCAGGGAUGGACAAUUCUUCAACAAAUCCUGAUAAUCCUUUUAAUUCAUCAGAUGUUACCGACGAGCUAACAGUAAGCCUUUCAAAAGCGGCAAACCAGGACAAAACCGUUCUAAUCACGACUCUAAAUGCGGCGUGGGCGCGGAACAAUAGUAUGGUGGAUUUAUUCCUGAAAAGUUUCCACAUCGGUGACGGAACAGAGGAGUUGUUGAAAAAUUUGUUGAUUGUUGCUGUAGAUGAGAAGGCGCUCAAUCGCUGCCGGGAAAUACAUCCGCAUUGUUAUCUGAUGAAAACAGAGGGAGUCGAUUUCUCGGGAGAAAAGCUUUUCAUGAGUGAAGAGUAUUUGAAAAUGAUGUGGAGAAGGCUUCUCUUCUUCGGAGAGGUCUUGGAUCGAGGAUACAACUUCCUUUUCUCGGAUGCUGAUAUUAUGUGGUUUCGAGAUCCCUUCACAAAAUUCUCAUCCAAGACAGACUUCCAAAUAGCAUCAGAUCAUUAUACAGGGACACCAGAUGAUCUACACAAUUCGCCCAACGGAGGAUUCAUGUAUGUUCACUCCAACGAAAAGACAGUCAAUUUUUUCAAGUUUUGGUAUCAAUCCAAAAAAGUUUAUCCCGGUAAAAAUGAGCAAGAUGUGUUGAACAUACUGAAAUGGAAAGAGUUCAAAAGCCGGGGACUUAAAGUCGAAUUCCUCGAUACUAAAUAUUUUGGCGGGUACUGUCAAAGAACGAAAGAUGUGAACUCCGUUUGCACGAUGCAUGCCAACUGUUGCAAAGGCUUGAAGGCCAAGCUUAUUGAUCUGAGAAAUACUCUUUCCGACUGGGAGAAAUAUAAGCAACAAGAACAACUAGGUAAAGGCAAGGAUGUGCACUGGACAUCUCCAUACGCAUGUCGUCAUUCCUGGGGCCGAUGAAACAUUUUCAACAGACUUGUAAAUUUGUAAAAUUAUCAUUAUCAUUCAUUUUUCCUGAAAUAUCUGCUCCUAUUUUAAAGGACUUGGGGAAAAUCCGAAUAGCUUCUGUGUGACCAGCUUGAAAUUAUCUAAAUUAGAAGAAAAUAAAAAAUGUCCCUGGAAUUCUCAGAGACAUUGUC